UUUUGCAGUAAUUUUCAUUGUCAACAGCAAAGCCUACAGCGAUGUCAGAAACUGAUCCACUACUUCCAAAAAGAAGGGAAAGCAAUGGAUACGCCAAUGGAUCCACCAAUCACAGUGUCAACCUGAGCGAGAGCGUUGUUGACGUGACUGGACUCACUAGAGCGGAUGAUGUUCCAUUAAAAGUGAAGGAAAGCAAGGGAAGACGGAUAUCUCUGUAUGUCCUUUACUUCACAAUGUUCCUUGGCUCUGUCACAUUCUCUGUAGUGAUAUCUUCAAUUUAUCCUUAUCUACAAAAGAUUACUAAUAAUACUUCCUCUACAUCAUUUCUCGGAUACAUCGUUGCCAUAUAUAGCCUCGGUCAAUUAUUAUCGUCACCAUUGUUUGGACUAUGGUCCGAUUACCAACACGCCAUGGUCCCCCUACAGACUGGGCUCAUGAUGACUGUUGUAUUUAAUAUUCUUUAUUGCUAUGCUGUUGUAUUCUCUCCUACUGUUGGUAAAAUAGUGCUAUUGGUAUCGAGGGCUUUGAUUGGAGCUGGAGCAGGUACUGUACUACUACUGUCUGACAUUGUGUGUGUGUUUAUGUAUUGUAAAGGUGGUUUUAAUGAAU